UGGGUGUUCAGGGGAAUUGCUGGUGUAUUUUGAAGGGAGGAGCAGCGGGUCUGUGAUGUUUGGAUGGCGCUGGGUUGCCGGUAUCUGUGUGAUUAAGAGAUUCCUCUCCCAAAGCUUCCAAUUGGGGCAGUGGAAGAACAUUUACUUCUAAAGAGGGUCGGAGGAAGCGUAUUGACAAUGUUGAUAUUAAACCCUUAUUUUGAUAUUGAGGAUGACGUUGUUCCUUGGCUUUUGAAGUGCAGACUCACGCCACUGGAUGAAAAUGAUUUAUCUACGAGGCCCUCGAGGAAGGAGUUACAAGUUGUCAAUGUUGAAAAGAAUGGUAGUGUCCUGUACACCUGGAAGGGUAUGAAGGGAACCACUUGUAUUGGCGCAUAUGAUCCUCACAACAAGCAAAACAAGCUGCUAUAUGUUUUUGACAAGGAAGUACCUGUGAUUAGUUGCUCUGUCAACAUGGAAAAAACAUUGUUGGCUGUAAGUUUUCUACAGUUUACACGAAGAGAUUUACCAUUCGAAACAUUAAGACCAGUAUCCAGGUGUUUAACCUUGUUGCUUGAAAUUCAUCCAGUAAAUAGUACAAAAGUCUUAAAAGCCGUUGACUCCCAUGUGAGAGUUCAGUUUGUCUAUCCCACUUCAGAUGCAAAGCCAUUUCCUGAAAACCACCUGCUGGUAAUCUCUGAGGACGGAUGCAUUGAGCAUAUUCUCAUACCAGUGGUUAUUGAAGAAGGUUACAGAGCGACAGUUCACAAUCCAGAUCGACUUCACAAAGAUAUUGUGGUUGAAGAUAUUUUGUGGGCACAGUGGGAUACACAAGGACAGAGGUUGUUCUAUAUCGCUGAAAAGGAGGAAAACAAUGCACUUCUGAUGUGCAUCCAGUUUUACCCAGACAGAAACUAUGAAAAGUUGCUUUCAUUUCCUCUUGGAUUCUCUUUAACAGUUACAAAAUUAUGGCUCAUAAAUUUUGGAUACAAUAGUUUUCAACAACAAGAAAAUUCAUUGGAAUUGUUGAAUCUGCACGUUUUCACAAAUCGUGCAGGUACCAUGUCAGUAUGUUACAGUCAUCCUGUGCAAAAUUUGGGAGAAUUCACUUAUUCAGUGAUUCUUCUGCAUUACGGUUGGAAGAAAACAUUUAUUGUUUCUUUGGAGGAAUCUGAUCAUUACCUUACAAGUAAACCAACUUUCAUUAACAUUGGUUAUUAUGUAGCUGUUUACAUGCCUGGAUAUUUUUUACACCUCAUCAAUACACAGCAUCCUAAUUUGGCUUGUCAUAGUUUAUUUCUGUCAGGGAAGGAUGCCAAAGUGAGCCCCUGGAAUCAGCAACACCAUAUAUUGUCAUUGUCUGAUUUACUGCUGGACUAUCAGUUCGGGAAAAUGUAUAAAGCUGAUCUCGACCCAAAGUUAUUGAUGUCAUUCAUGCAUGACAAUAAACUGGAUUGUCAUCAACUUGCAGCAAUGCAUUGUGCAGUCUUGUAUCUCCAGAACAACUCAGAAACAGAAGCACAGAUUAUUCACUGGAUGUGUGGAUUGCCUGUUUCUGGCUCUAUUGAUCUUAUCCAGGAGUUCAUCUGUGGUACUUUGUACAAGAAAGCAAUCUCAGAAGCAAAGAUUGUGGACAAACUGCUACCAUACUCAUCCUUAGUUAACUGGGAUGGGGAAAUUCCAGGAGUGACCUGCCGUACAGAAAUUAUUUCUCUAUCUGUUUUUAAGGAUACGAUUCAAAAUCUUAAAGGGUUUUGGGCAGAGCUAAACAGGAAUGUGGAAUUUGUGACGAAUUUAGAAUGUUUUCAUAAUCCAUGGCACAAUAAUAGCUCAAGAAGAAUCAAAGCGCGACUGUAUUCAGAAAUGAAAGUGGAUGAAAAGGCAAACCAACACUACAGAAAUAUUUUAGAAAAUGCCAAAACGAUACUUUCAAAAGUGGAUACAUGUUCCUCAGAACAGAAAGCUGUUCCCUUAUUUCAGGACGAAGACGGCCACCAGAUGGUGCUGAUAGGACUGAUGGUUGAGAAACUGAAGGAAUACCUUAUGAAAUAUCUUCAACAUAUAGGAAAGAAGAAGAUUGACGUGAUAGUUAACAACUAUGCUGUGAACUUGCUUGAAUGCACCUGGCAGAUUAUAGACAAGAUAUGGAAAAAGUACAACCUGAAUGCCCACAUCCUGUGCUUGGCCAACAGAGAGAAAGUAAAUUCUGCAGAGUUAGUUGUAUUCCGCAUGAUGGCUCGUGUUUUGGAAGCUGCUGAAGGACUUGUUCUGCCUCUACCGCCAGGUUAUCAUACAGUUCACAUAACCCUUGGUGCACGAUGCCUGCCUUUAUACACUCUGCUGCAUUAUAUUGAUCUUGGAGUGUUGCAUCCAACAGAACGGUUUGUUACCAAGCUGUUUGAAGAACUUGAUAAUUCUGAGAUGAACGAAAGAUUCAAAUUUAGCAUUGGGACAAGAAUUCCAGAGAUAAUUGGACAGAAGAUAUGUCACCUCUGGGAUCAUCCAGUCAGUUCAUCCUGUUUUGCUAGGAUCCAUGUGAAAACACUCCUUACUGAACUUUACACCCAUCAGAAAUCAAGAGAUUUUUCCAUAAAGGAGCAGGCUCCAUUUGAGUCUGAAUUUUUGCCACUGACUUGCCUAACAAGAGUCUUAACAGAGGUAGAGGAACAAGCAUUAAAUCGGUUAGAAGAGUCCAAAAAUGUGGAUGCAAAGUUUGUGGAAGAAAUAGCACUGAAGCAGACAUUAACUUUCCUUGGUCUUGAAAAUAAGUAGAAAUAUCAAGGAUAGAUUAAAGGGGAAAACAUCAAUACUGAUAUCUAUCAAGAGUUAACAACUGUCAAGAGAUAUGAUUUUUUUGAUUAUUUGCCACAUGUAUAAUAGCAGAAGUGCCAAGAUACGCUAAAGUACUACAUGAUUUGUUAAAAAAGACAGAGCAGUCUAUGGCCUAACCAUAUAUGUAUGGGUUUCACUUAAUUGUCAACACUAAUUCUGUUUGUUGAAUUGCAUUGUGAUUUUUCGGAUUCUAAGCUGAGCAACAACAGUGUUCAGAGGCAUGAUUUCUGAGAAUGAUGGCUGUAAUCUCACAAUAAUGGACAUGUAGAAGCCUGUGGUUGAUCCUAAUUUAUGCUUUCAAAUGUCAUGGUAAGAAUUUUAAGAAAGCCAAACCUCACUAACCACAAUGCUGAGUGAUUUUUAAAGAAAACAGUCAAAUUACAACAGUGUUAUUAAUUUACUUCAUAAAUAUUUGACCAUAAUAGUUAAUCUGUAAGAUGUUUAGCAAUAGAUGGUGUAGUAUCUGUAGUUUUUGGUGCAUGAUUAUGUAAGAUAUAUGUUUUUUCUAAGCGAUGAUUAGAAAAAAUAUUACUUUGAAAUGUUUUAAGAGUAUCAAGAAAACAUUGCAUCGAAUACAAUAGAAAUACAACCUGUUUUGAACACAGGCAGUUGAUAUUCUACUAUCUACUUCAAUAUUUAACAUAUAACUGCCGUUUAAAGAAAGUUUGAUCAGAAAUUAGCAAUUCAUUUGUAAAAUUUGGUCUUUGAUGUUAGCUGAAAAGAAUGUAUUUCUCUGGAAGUGAUCUGUAGACCAGACAUUGCUCAGUGAGUGAGCAUUUGUAGAGUAUGCAGUCUUUCACUUAAAAUGCUUGAAUUUUUGAUGUCACAAAUGGGAAUCAGUUGUUUCACAUGAUAACAAAGCUACUUCUUUCUGCAUGUAAAGUUAUGUAAGAAUUUAUUUGGAACAGAAUGUACAUAAAUACAGAAAUUUAUUUUUAUGGUUUAAGGGAAACACACAGAUUGAAGAAAUACAUGUUAGUUUAUUAGCAGAGGUCUUAGCUGAAACUGGAUGUGUAAGACAGUUGUUCCUGAAGAAGGAAUAUAAUUUUAAAAUUAUUAAGAAGUAGGUUACCCCAGUGUAUAAGGUUUUCGAGUAGAUUUGUAGCUCAGGUUGUGGAUGUUGUAGUUGGUUAGCUCGCCGAGCUGGUUCGUUGUUUUCCACAGACGUUUCUUUACCCUGCUAGGUAAUAUCAUCAGUGCAGCCACCGAUGAAGCACCAUUGUGUUUUCCCACCUAGUUUUUAAACUCUAGUGUCUGUUGAGCUGGAUUACCUCACUUCCGGUUUUCCUUCGCAGAGGAGUGUAUAUGGGGUUGAGUUCUAUGUGUUUGUUGAUGGCUUUCUUCGUGGAGAAGGACGGCACUUCAUCGGAGGCUGCACUGAUGAUAUUACCCAGCAGGGUAACAAAACAUCUGCGAAACAACAAACCAGCUCAGCGAGCCAACCAUCUACAAUACCCCAGUGUAUGUAGUUUAAAGUUCCAGACCAGAAGUCUUUAGCUAAAACCUGAAGGGGAUAGUUAAAGCUGAGAAAGUCAAUGAUGAGUUGUACAAAAACACAGGGAAGAGGGUAUUUGAUUUUUCAAGACUGGGAAUUAAACCCAUGUUAACUUAAGCUCUGUAGAUAUGAUAGAGAAGGGAAUUCUCUCUGAUGCGAUUACUGUGAAAGAGUGCUUGGGAUUAAUGGGAUUACAUUUAAUUGUGAAUAUUUAAUUUGAAACCUUUAAGCUGCUUUUAUAUGUAAAUAGCUAGUUUAUUCUGUUUUAUUUCAUUUCUUUUCCAUAUUAAUCUUGUUUUAUUGUUAAAACCAAAUCUGCAGUGUUACAUGUACAAAAGGCCAUCUCAUUAAAGCCUUACGAGAAACCAA